AUGAACCUAUUUGAAGUGGCUCAUUUCGUACCCGAGAAGCCCAUGUAUGAGCAAGGCUUAAUUUUACUUCCCCAUCUAGCAACUCUAGGUUGGGGGCUUAUUUGUUGGGAUUAUUUAGCUACGAUGUUCACAGAAGCAAUAACCGUAAACGGACCAGAACAGUUGGGAAAUAUUCAAGUACCCCAAAGAGCCAGCUAUAUUCGAGUAAUUAUGUUGGAAUUGAGUCGUAUAGCUUCUCACCUAUUAUGGCUGGGACCUUUUAUGGCGGAUAUUGGUGCACAAACCCCUUUCUUCUAUAUUUUUAGAGAAAGAGAAUUAAUAUAUGAUCUAUUCGAAGCUGCGACAGGUAUGAGAAUGAUGCAUAAUUUUUUCCGUAUCGGGGGAGUCGCGGCCGAUCUACCUCAUGGUUGGAUAGAUAAAUGUUUGGAUUUCUGCGAUUAUUUUUUAACAGGGGUUGUUGAAUAUCAAAAACUUAUUACGCGAAAUCCCAUUUUUUUAGAACGGGUUGAGGGAAUAGGCAUUGUUAGUGGAAAGGAAGUAAUUAAUUGGGGUUUAUCAGGACCGAUGCUUCGGGCUUCCGGAAUACAAUGGGAUCUGCGUAAAGUUGAAAAUUAUGAGUGUUAUGGGGAAUUUGAUUGGGCCGUUCAAUGGCAAAAAGAAGGAGAUUCAUUAGCUCGUUAUUUAGUUCGAAUUGGUGAAAUGGUGGAAUCCAUAAAAAUUAUUCAACAGGCUUUGGAAGGAAUUCCCGGCGGACCAUAUGAGAAUUUAGAAAUCCGUUACUUUGAUAGGGAAAGGGAACCAGAAUGGAAUGAUUUUGAAUAUCGAUUCAUUAGUAAAAAACCGUCUCCGACUUUUGAAUUGCCGAAACAAGAACUUUAUGUAAGAGUUGAAGCCCCCAAAGGAGAAUUGGGGAUUUUUCUAAUAGGAGAUCAGAAUGGUUUUCCUUGGAGAUGGAAAGGAAUGAUGGAAUGGAAGAAAAAAAAUAAAAAAAAUAAGUAA